GACAUUAAAGUAUUUCGAUUUUAUUAAACGUAUUCCACAAUUCUUUUUGUCAAAAUAAGUAGCUUCUCAACAGCUUUUUUCUGACUUAAUCAACAACAAAGACGGUGUAAAACAUGUACAAAGUAAAACACGAUUUCUCAUAUUCUAACAGUCGCAGCAUUCAUGAUUUCAAAGCUCUUUUUUUUACUUAUGAUACAUAUUCUUUUGUUUCCUAAGAUAUAAUAAUAUUAUUUUAUAAAAUGUAAUAAUACUAAUAAACGAUUACUUAUUUACUACAUUUUAUAAUUCUCUUUAACCCGCCACAAUUCAAUUUUCAUUAUAUCUGCAAUCUAUGUAUGUCUUUUUUCUACAAUGUAAAAUGCAGGUGAUUAUGUUUCGAAAUUAAACGUAACGAUAGGCAAAUUACAUGUUGUUGGUUGUAGAGAAUUUUGUAUAAUUUGGGAGUGUAAGAUUAUUAUCAAGUCGGCUAACGCUCGUACAAUUAAAAUAAUAAUGAAUAGUUUGGAACGACGUUUGAGAAUAUUAGUAAACUCAAUAUAUAAAUAUUAGUAAAUUAUGCGUCAUAGAAUGUAUUAUUCUAUUGAUGCGAGUGCAGGAAAUGCAAAUAUUAAUGGAAGAAUUAAAUGGGUUAAAUACUGGAUUUUUUGAAGAAAAUUUAAAGUUUUAGAAUAUCGAUGGAAUAUUAUUUUUAAAAGUUGUAUGAUUAUUUAAUAUGCCAUAUUGAUCGUAAGCUUUCCAUUGACUUUACUUAACUUACUUUUACUACAUUUACUACAUAUCAUAAAACAACGAGAAAGGUGGUUAACAGUCAUUUUUUGAAUUCGUUCGACUAUCGCACAUGCGUAGAAUCUCUCGAACGUAUUAUGUAUCCUGUUUUCAUUGCUAUAGUUUCCUAUAUAUAUAUAUAUAUAUAGUACAUGUACCGCAUAAAAAGAAAAUAACCUAUCUUUAUCUUUUAUUUCUUUCCUAGAACGUAAGUUGAUCAAAUUAUCGCGAAUGACUAAUUUGCAAUUUGAUAUCAUAUAUAAGGUAUUUACCUAAAUGUAAGUAGACUUGUUCGAAGAUAAAGCAAUAUAGAACCAGCUGUUAAAAAUAUCGCUAUGUUCCAUUGAAUUUUUGUUGUUGAUGUAAUAAGAAAUUGUAUCCCAUGAUACAUCGAUGUAUGUAUGUAAUAUCGGUGGUAAUAUUUGUUCGGCCGAUAUUCGCAUGUUGAGAAACCUGGUUAAUUUUCCUAGGCUGUUAUACCCCUAGAGGGAGAGAGAGAGAGAGAGAGAAAGGGAGAGAAAGUAUGCGUAUGCGUAGGUGUGUGAUCAGAUUUGAUAAGCGCGUGCGCAUAGUAUACACCGCAUGAGUUGGUGGGAGAAAAACAAGGACAGAUAUAAGAAGGGGUGAGAAAGGGAACGAUGCAACCCCUGUUUUUCCCGUAAUCGUUGCCGCUCGAUUCUGCGCCUUAGUUUCGUAUGCGGGGCGGCUCCUAUAUUCCUAUUCAUCUAUCGCCGCGUUACCUCAGGAGUGCAUGAAUGGUGAUUUAACGCGUGCCUAGAAAAAGAACCUUCGUGUUCGGCAGUUGCUGGACGAGUGAAAGAAUUAGGAGGAUAGUGCCUAGUCUCUUAUAAAGCACGAUGGUUACGGAUAGUACGAGUCAGGCUGACGACACGACAGCAUUUCUUCGUGCUGCUCGGUCCGGAAACCUUGAAAAAGUGAUCGAAUUCCUCGACACCGAUUUAGAUAUUAAUACAGCUAAUUCGAAUGGUUUAAAUGCUUUACAUUUAGCAUCGAAAGAUGGCCAUGUUGAAAUAGUAACAGAAUUAUUAAAAAGAGGCGCUAAAGUGGACGCAGCUACGAAAAAGGGGAACACUGCGUUGCACAUAGCUUCACUGGCCGGCCAAGUGGAAAUAGUAAAUAUUCUUAUUCAGUAUGGUGCUGCAGUUAAUAUUCAAUCUCAAAAUGGUUUUACACCUUUAUAUAUGGCCGCUCAAGAAAAUCAUGAUCAAGUGGUUAAAUUAUUGCUCGGCAAUGGAGCCAAUCAGAGUCUCGCUACAGAGGAUGGUUUUACACCUCUCGCAGUAGCGAUGCAACAAGGACACGAUAAAGUCGUCAGCGUUCUUUUAGAAAAUGAUUCUAAAGGAAAAGUUAGACUACCAGCACUUCAUAUCGCGGCUAAGAAAGACGAUUGCAAAGCUGCGGAUCUGUUAUUACAGAAUGAUCACAAACCCGAUGUUACAUCAAAAAGUGGUUUUACACCUUUGCAUAUCGCCGCUCAUUACGGAAACGAAGAGAUAGCACGUUUAUUAAUAAAGCGUGGAGCUGAUGUUAAUUAUUUGGCAAAGCAUAAUAUAAGCCCUUUACAUGUAGCGGCGAAGUGGGGUAAAAACAACAUGGUUAAAGUAUUAUUAGAAAAUUCUGCGCAAAUCGAUGCUAAAACUAGGGAUGGUUUAACACCGCUUCAUUGUGCAGCAAGAUCUGGUCAUGAACAAGUGAUUACCACACUUCUUGAACAUUCUGCACCAAUUAGUGCACGAACGAAAAAUGGACUUGCACCGUUACACAUGGCAUCGCAAGGGGAUCAUGUGGAUGCAGCAAGAGUAUUAUUGUAUCACCGAGCGCCAGUGGACGAAGUUACGAUCGAUUAUUUAACGUCUCUUCAUGUUGCCGCGCACUGCGGCCACGUUAGAGUCGCAAAACUACUUUUGGAUCGCAAAGCUGAUCCAAAUGCACGCGCUUUAAAUGGCUUCACACCAUUGCAUAUUGCUUGCAAGAAAAAUCGAAUAAAAGUUGUCGAACUCUUAUUAAAACACGGAGCAUCGAUCGAAUCUACUACCGAGUCUGGACUGACUCCAUUACAUGUGGCCAGUUUUAUGGGAUGUAUGAAUAUCGUGAUAUUUCUACUGCAACACGAAGCCAAUCCUGAUGUGCCAACUGUUAGGGGUGAAACACCUCUACAUCUGGCAGCUAGAGCUAAUCAGACAGACAUUAUUCGAAUUUUAUUACGAAAUGGAGCCAAAGUUGAUGCUCGUGCAAGGGAACAACAAACGCCUCUUCAUAUCGCGUCGCGAUUAAGAAAUAUCGAUAUUGUUAUGUUACUUCUGCAACAUGGUGCAGCAGUUGAUACUACCACAAAAGAUAUGUACACAGCGUUGCAUAUCGCGGCAAAGGAAGGCCAGGAGGAGGUUGCAACUAUUCUUGUGGAAAACAAUGCUUCUCUUAAGGCUACAACUAAAAACGGCUUUACACCUUUACAUAUCGCGGCUAAAUAUGGCAACAUGAGCGUUGCUAAGAUACUUUUGCAAAGGGAUAGCAAAUUAGACGCGCAAGGAAAGAAUGAUAUUUCUCCUCUACAUUUGGCAUGUCAUUAUGACCAUCCAAAUGUAGCAAAUCUUUUAUUGGAAAAAGGCGCAUCCCCCCAUUUAGCUUCGCAAAAUGGACAUACUCCUCUACAUAUCGCUGCUCGUAAAAAUCAGAUGGACAUUGCUUCGACUCUGUUAGAAAAUGGGGCGAAUGCGAACGCCGAAUCAAAAGCAGGAUUCACGCCUCUACAUUUAAGUGCACAAAAGGGUCACUAUGAUAUGACGAAUUUGUUGAUUGAACAUGGAGCUGAUCCGAAUCACAAGUCAAAGAAUGGUCUCACUGCGUUGCAUCUAUGCGCUCAAGAAGAUUUCAUUAAGGUGGCUUCUAUUCUGGUGAAAAAUGGUGCGAAUGUAGAGAGUGAAACGGAAACUGGCUAUCGGCCGAUACACGUAGCGGCACAUUUUGGAAACCUUUCUAUGAUUCGAUUUCUCUUAAAACAUAGUGCAACUAUCGACGUUAAAUCGAAUCAAAAUUACACUCCACUGCAUCAGGCUGCUCAACAAGGUCAUGCACAUAUUGUUAGCGCUUUAUUGGAAGGAAAUGCUUCGCAUAAAGCACGAACCAAUGAUGGACUAACCGCGUUAAAUAUAGCUCAAAAAUUAGGAUACAUAUCUGUGAUGGAGGUAUUGAAAGGAUUGUCUUACGAUACAUUGGCACCCGAUAACAAAAAUUGGGACGAGAAGUACAAAGUGAUCGCUCCUGAAAGUCUGCAAGAAACCAGCUUUAUGUCUGAUUCCGAAGACGAAGGAGGUUCGGAUGCGUUGAUCAGUGAGCAACCGUAUCGAUAUCUUACAGCGGAUUUGAUGAAAAGUUUAAGAGACGAUUCCCUGCCUAUUGAUGUUACACGAGAUGAUCCAAUACACAGACAAGUCACAAAAGAAGAAAAACAGGAUUUCACUCAAAGCAAUAAUUAUUGUCUAGCAGAAAACUUUGAUACUGAUGGAUUUAAUUUGGGCCGACUUCAUUUCAGAUCAUUUUUAGUAAGUUUCUUGGUGGAUGCACGUGGAGGUGCUAUGAAAGGAUGUAGACACAGCGGUGUACGUAUUAUCGUACCACCACGCAGAGCAACAAUGCCAAUUCGUGUUACGUGUAGAUUGAUAAAACCUAAUAAAAUUGCGAAUCCUCCUCCUUUAAUGGAAGGAGAGGCUUUAGCAACUCGUAUUAUGGAGAUGGGGCCAGUCGGUGCAACGUUUCUAGGGCCUGUUCUAAUCGAUAUACCCCAUUUCGCAUCUAUUCGAGGCAAAGAGAGGGAAAUCAUUAUUCUCAGAAGUGAAAAUGGAGAAACCUGGAAAGAGCAUGAUAAUUCUGUUGACAAUGAUACUACUUUGUUGAAUACUCCAUAUGAUCCUCAAAUGAGCGCUGCUCAUUCUGGUAGAAUCACUCGAAUAAUAACGACAGAGUUUCCCCAAUACUUUGCCAUUAUCACGAGAAUUAAACAGGAAGUUCACGUAAUCGGUGCCGAAGGUGGAAUUUUGACUUCAAGCGUGGCUAACGACGUCCAAGCCGUUUUCCCACCAGGAGCGUUGACGAAGAAGAUCAAAGUCGGAUUACAAGCCCAUGUGAUUCCGGCAGAGCUUACAGCAAAACUACUAGGAAAUUGCGUAGCCGUUUCACCCGUGAUAACAAUCGAACCGAGAAGACGAAAGUUUCACAAACCAAUUACUCUUACAAUACCUGUACCUCAAGCUGCAAAUAAAGGAAUGAUUAAUCAAUACGGUGGUGAAACACCAACGCUACGCCUGUUGUGCAGUAUUGCAGGUGGGACGAGUGAAUCACAAUGGGAAGAUGUUACUGGUUCGACACCGUUAACUUUUAUGAAUGACACGGUAUCCUUUACUACCACUGUAUCUGCCCGAUUUUGGCUAAUGGAUUGCCGGAAUAUAGGCGCAGUUCCGAAAAUGGCAACCGAGUUGUACGAAGAGUCGUUGUUUGUGCCAUAUAUUACGAAUUUCGUAAUAUAUUCGAAACGAAUGGAUGUGCUCGAAGCAACAUUAAGAAUAUUGUGUAUGACCGAUGGAAAGGAAGGACUGCAUACCUUGGAAAGGCAAGAGGAAUUUGUCGAAAUUGUAAAAAGCCGCGACGUUGAAGCGCUCGAUGGGAAAGAUCUUUACAUCGAAUUCAGCGGGAAUCUAGUACCUGUGACGAAAUCGGGUGUACAAUUGAAAUUUACUUUCAAAGCGUUUCGUCAGAAUCGCUUAUCUUUUCACGUGAAGGUGAAAGAUCCGUUGUUAGAUCCUGUCGCCAGAAUGCUGUUUAUGCGAGAACCAAAAGUUGCGAAAGGAGAGCCACCUCAACAACCAAUCUGUGUAUUAAACAUCGUUCUUCCAGAAAUAACAACUAAAGUGGAAGUACAGAAGAAAUUGAAAGAUUACGAAGAUUCAAAUAUUAUCGAUCAAAAAUUGGAUUCUUACGAAUCGAAAUACAAGAUGGAACAAAAAGAAAAAGGCGACGAACCUAAAGAUACUUCGCCUUCCGAACAGAAAUUUAUUACCGACACCUUACAAAAAGAACGAACAGAUGCUGUUACUAUCCACGAAUUCCUUGCGCAAAAAGCGGCUUGUUCCUUAGAAUCUGUAGAUGCUAGUUAUCCCAGUAAAGUAGUCGGACAAGAGCAAGACUUGUCGCCCAGUGUCGAGAGACAGACCUAUUCAGAGAAGAGAAAAUUCUGGGAGGAUAUUUCAAGGAAACGGGAAAGUUAUCAACGGUCGGAGUCUGAAAUAUCGAGAACGUCGCAGUUAACGAUAAACGAAAGCGACAGUGAGUACGUACAGAAUAUCACGACAGAGGACACGGCGGAUAUCGUGCAACAGAUGGACAAGUCCGAAACGUUGGAAGAUUUGAACGUACCUGAUAUUUCCGAGUGUUCGGUAGCGGAGAAGGCUCAGUAUUUCGAGGAACAGAUACAGAAAGAAACCACGAAAAUUCCGCCCAAGUUGCUUCAGCAGGACUCGUUAAAGUCCGAGAAAGAGAAGAUAACGAAGACUAAAAUAAGCGACAAAGAGAAGCUAGACAAAGAUGAGAAGUACGUGACCGAAUUGAAGCAAGUUACAAAGGUGGAAGAAAGGAGGGAAAUUGUUACUUUAGAAACGGAAGAGCGGAAAGAGGUGGAAAGGAAGGAAACGAAAGAGGCGAUGAAAUUGUCAUCUGAAGAUGAGAAAGAAAAAGACGAGAGUAAACCAACUUACGUGGAUGUAAGUGCUAAAAUAGAGUUACCCAGAGGGAAAGUCGACGAAACGACUGAAAAAGAAAGUAAAGCUGAAAGAUCGAAGGAAGAUGUGGAAAAGAUAGAUGCCGCGCCUUCUGUGCAACCUCUAGAAAUAAAGGAUAAGCAUAUAGAAAGGAAAGAGCAUAUAGAAAAAGCGGCGGAGCCAUCGAUGCCGACCGAAGAAAAAUCACUCGAUACGACGCAGAAGACGGAAGAAAGUGCCGCAAUGGUGGAAGAUCGAUCAGUUGAAUUAAAAGUUGAACGUGUUACGAAGCAGGAACAGAAAACAAUUGUUAUCACCGAAGUACCUGUACAAGAUAUUGUAAAAGAUGUAAAGGUAGAAGAAGAAGAUAUAAAACAGUCAAUUAUGGAAUUAAGCGCGAAAGAAAUGAGGGAUGUAGAAGAGGAACGUAAGGAUGUUGUGGAAUCUAUGGAAGUAAGUACGCCACAAGAAAGCAUAAAGGGGAGAGUAGAAGUAAAAGAGAAAGUGGAAGAACCGAGGCUAGAGGAAGAUAUAAGAGAGAGGGUCGAAAUAAGUAGAGAGGGAGAGAGAAUAAAAGAAAGUAUAGAAGAGGAACGAAAGGAAAAGCGAGAAAUUGUUAGCGAAGUAAUUUUGCAAGAAAGUGCCGAGCAGAGUGCAAAACGACAGAAACGAGGAGAGCAGGAGGGCACGAUCGCGGAGGUAACUGUAAAGGAAGGCGGUGCAGAAGAAAAGGAGGAAUACAAAGAAGAAGCGAUUGAAGAACAAGAGGAAGCUAUCGCAGAAGUAGCUGCGGAGAAAGAGAGUACAAAGGAGAAGGAGGAAUACGAGGAAGAAGCAAUGGAAGAACAAAAGGUCGCGGAAGUGACUGCGAAGGAAGAGAGUACGAAAGAAAAGAAGGAAGAAGAUAAGCAAGAAGCGAUGGAGAAAGUUACCGUAGAAAUAGGUGGCGAGGAGAAAGUAAAGGAUAUCGAGGAGAAAGAAGUGGAAGAAAAGAAAAUAACUGACACGCGAGAAAAAGAGGAGAAAUUGCACGUGACAACGGAAGCUCCGGUGGAAAGAAAAUUACAGCGCGAGGUAAUCACGGAAAGAGAGACGAAAAGGGAAGAGGUGGAAGGCGAGGUUGUUAAACACGUAGAAAAACAGGAAAAAGAAAGCGAAAAAGUUGUUACGGAUGUGAUCGUACGGGAAAGUGUUAAAACGCCGGAGAUAAAAGAGGAAGAUGUUGUCAAAGAAAAAUCGACUGGAAGACGUAUUAUAACAGAAGAAACUACUAUUAUCUACAAGGUACAGAAAGAUGGUACUCUGGUUCAAGAACAGGUAUUAAAGUCAGUUCAAGUAGAAGGAGGAAGCGAGGCUUUAGCUGCUGCGCUGGUUCAACUUCCCGAGAGUAAAAUCGAAACGAAAAGUGUCUACGAAGUGGAAUCUGUCAGCGAAGUUACACCAGAAAUUACGUUUACAACCGAUAUCAGGAAAGAGAUGCAAAGAUUUCUGGAGGGGGAAAGAGCAACGGAAAUCGAAGUCAAAGAUAAAGAGAUUAAGAGAGAAGAAGACAGAGAAAUUAAAGAAAAAAGGGAAGAAUCGAGGAAAGAGGAGAAAGAAGAAAUUACGGUCGACAAGAGGACGGUAGCCGAGAUGGAAACGAAGCACGUUAGGAAAGAAUUCGAGUCGCGUAUUCCUGUUUCAACGGCAAAAAUAGAUAAGGACAAAAUACAAAAGGAAACGAAACCGAAGGGUAUAACGGAACUAAAACAGAUUCCGAGCAAGCUCGAAAGCGACAAGGAAUUAAGCACAGAGGAACAAGAGAUCUCGCCGACGACUAAAAAGAAAGAGUUCGAAUCUCGAAUUCCCAAACGCGUUAUAGAUAUCAAGCCAACAUCGGAUAAAGCUGGAAAGAAGGAUACGCAUGUUAGAAAAGAGAGCGAAUCGUAUACGAUAACGGAAAAAAAAUCGAGCGAAGAGGUGACUUCAAAAUUGGAGGAGCAUCUAACUACGAAGAGCGAAACACAAACGUUUUCCAAAUCUUUCACCGAUCCGCAAGAAGCUUUCAAAAUGUUCGAGGAUAUGGAAAGCGGAAAGAGCGAAUUUGCGACCGUCACUUCGAAGAUUGAUCAUAAAACUUCCACUAUGACGGAAAAGAAAGAGGUGGUGUCUUCGGAGAUUUCCAAUGGCAAGGACAAAGUGAUCACGCUGGAGGAGAAGGAACGCGUGGAGAGGAAGAAAUCGUCGGAGUCGAAAUUAAAAAAAGAAUCGCCAACCGAGACGUUGGAGGAGAAAAAGAGUAAACACGAGGAAUUGGAUAAAACCGCGAUUCAAAAGUUGUCGAUGAAUUUGACAGAUACGCAAGAAAUAAUAGACGCAGCUGCCUCCGAAUCGAGAACUGAAAUGAAGAAGGAAGAGAUGUUCAAAAAGUUAUCCGACAAGGAGGGAGUUACGACUCGUGAGGCGGGUAGUAGCCUGUUAAGAGAAAGCGAUGCUGACGUAGCCAUUCGGAUAAGGAAAGAUAUCGGUGAAAAAAGGGACGAGAAGGAUGAGGUGAAAACGGUAGAAGGGAAACCGGCGACGGAAAGGAUAUCUAAGCCAGUUGCAGAUUCGGAUCACAUCGAAACGCUCGCGCAAGGAGAAUCGCGUAAAGAAAGUAAAGAAAGUUUUGACGUUAUUCAAUUCGUUCCAAGCGAGAGGAAAACGGAGGAGAAAGACUUAUCGAAAGAAGAAGAAGCGAGCGAAGCAAUGGAAGAACAAGUAACGACACCGAGAGAAAGUUUAGAGGAGAAGCAACGGCUAAAGUUUAAAGAGAUCGAGGCACGUACCAUAGCGGAGACUUUGAUUCAAUCGAUCGAAAGGGAAAUCGAAGCAAAAUCGGCAGCGGAUUUGAAAGCAGAACUGCUUGGCAAAGGAUAUCUGGAGCAAAUUAUAAGCGAAAGCGUUGAAACGGAUCACGAAAAACUGGCCGAUGAUUUGACACGCAAGUUCGAAAGUAUUAUGAGGAAAACGAUGGACAAGCAAGCGGCACAAAUGAAAAUCGAUCAAAGUUUAAUGGAAUCACCGAGACUAAGGUCAUCGAUACAGGAAGAGUCCCUGGACAAAAGUUCCACGAGAGACAGUAUAAGCGUCAGCGAAGAUAUAACUAAAGACGAAGAAUCAUCUCCGCACGAAAAAGAAGAAAGUUUUCCUCUUUCGUCGUCUCAGGCUAAACUUCAAGACAGGGACAUUACCAUGAGCCCUAGCAGCAUAUCGGAGCAAAUAGAUUUCGAAGAAACCAUCGACGUCGAUACGAACGAAUUGGAAAGCGUGUCGAAACCAACCUCGAGUCCACAAUCUGAGAAACAACGAUUCACCAAGUCGAGCAGUCAAGUGGAAUUGCAAAGAGAUUUCCAGAGUGACGUUAGUUUGCCUCGGGAUAAGAUCGUAUCGGAAAUUUCAGGUGCCAGAGUUCUGGAAAUUCUCGAACCCGGCGUGGACAGUCAAUCCAGGGAAGAUUCCGUCGACGUGCCUUCUUUAGAAAUGGACGAACAUAAAAUAUCCGAGCAGACAAGCAGGGGAAUUCCGUCGUUGCACGAGAGUGCCGAAAUGGAUUCGUUCGAUAAGAUGGAUCAAGAACGGGAUAUAACGAUAAGUCCCAGUACCGUAUCCGAGGAUACCAAUAUAGAUUAUUCCUUGGUACAGGAGUCUUCUCAGCCUAUCCCGAUGCAGAAAGAUCUCCCGACGAUAAGUACGAGAAGAGCAGACAGCUUCGAAAUCGAAAGUCCUCCGCUGGUCUCCCCGAAACCGAAAGUUCGCGGGCUUGAAAUUAAACCGGUCGAUUGGAUGAUCGGUGACGAGAAAAUUGAAAUAUCAGAAACGCUACAACCGUCUCAGAUUUUCAACCAGGAGUUAGAAGCUUACGAAUCGAUGAAGAAAAAGGAACGAUUAUCCUCGUUGGAUGGAUCGACGGAUCACGAACAAGAAUCCGCUACUAAAUCUUCGGAAGAGAUUAGCGUGAUAGAAUCGACGAAAGAGACAGUCGCGGACAGUGGUCGCGAUAAAAGUACGGCUUCCUCGGACGGUGAAACGAAAUUAACGGCGGUUCCUGUCAGCGAACAAGAUUUUGAAAGCGAACUGGUGGAAAACAAAUUGGACGUUAGUUGUCAGGAAUUGGUAGACACGUUACAGCGAGAAUACGACGCGAAGACGCCUAUCAAAGAAUACAUUGAGAGUAUUCAACGAGAAAUAUCUAGCGAACGGAUCGUGGAGGCGGAAGAGCGAGACGUUUUGCAAGUAGACGAGUCCGCUUCGCAAGAACGUAGCGAGGUUCUAACCGCAGCUACGACGGAGAAAUCUUUGGAGGAUGAAACUCGAGAUGAAACGACCAAAGAAGACGCGUCUUCGGUUACCGAAACUUCUAAACGCGAGGAAAUCCUUUCAAAGUCAGGAAUUGAACUGAAAUUGGAAAAAACAACGACGAGUUCGUUAAAGGAGAGCGAGAAACCUGCGGAAGAAGUAUCGCAAGAAACAGCAGACUCUGAGAAACCAGUACGCGUGGAUGACGUAUUAAAGGAAUGGACGGAAGCUUAUUUGUCGAAAAUGAAACCCUUAGGCGACGACUAUAAAAGGCAUAUGGAGAAAGCUAUGGAGAAACACGAUAAGCCUGGAAGAUCCACGACAGUUCCUUCCGACACUUGUGCCUUUAAAAUAAAAAAAGACGAUCUCCCUAGCGUUGAUUUAAGUGCACGAUACGCUAUAACCGUUCUAGAUCAGGUAGUUAAAAAAGAAAUAGCCGAAGUGAAAGAAUCUUUAGAAGCAGCGAAACAAGACCUGAUAGAGGAAUUAAGCGAAAAUAGCGAAACUGUGAUUCAAAUUAAAGAUUCCCCUUCAGAGUUCCGAUUUAAAUUACAACCCGAAUCCAUUCCGAACGAUUUACCAUUUUUAUACACACCGUCGUUCCCUGAACAACAGCCGCACGAAUCGGAUACCGAAGCUGUAAAGAGCGAAUCUCCUAUUGAUAAGUCGAUGCCGUACGAAACGAAAGAUAGUACAGAAAGUAAGAUGGAAUUAGAAGAAUCUACUUCCAGUAGUAUCGAAGAACCGAUACAUCUACAAGGAGACACACCUGUGAUUAAAACCGAAAAGUCUGAUGUAGAGACUGCUGCAAUAACCGUCCACGAAGAUAUGAAAGACGACGAAGAAGAACAUCCUAGCCCUGUACCUGCUAGCAGGUCAGGCUCAGACAUAGACAAUAAAGACGAAAGUUCUUCUUUGGCUUUGCCACGCCCGGUACUCAGAAGACGGCAGAAACCCGGUAGAAGUUCUAAACGCGUCGCAUCCGACAGCGACGCGGAUCUUGGUUCUAGUUCCGGCGAGAGUAGCAAUUACCAAUCUUGCGAUUACGAGAUCGGUAGUGGCAGCCGACCUAGUUCUUCCGACGUAGAGGCUUUGCAAUCCUGUGGCGUACCUUCUGCGACGGCUUCGGAAUACGAAACUGCGAUGAUGUCUAUCGAGCAUUCUUCCUCUUCGAAACCAACCUCGCAGGAGUACCAUACCGCAGCCACCACGAUGAGCUCGCGCGAGUCUAUGAAAUCUCUGACGUCUUUGAGUUCGGGUCACCUUGGUAGCAUCGACAGUACCAGUGAAUUGUCGGAAACGUUGGUGCCUUCUGAAACUGAUGCAGAGAAAGAAGAAGCGGAAGAACGUCUCGAUGGCGCUCUGGAAGAAGAGCACACCGAACAGUCGGAUUCUUCAGGCAGUGAUAUACCGAUCGACGAACCAAUAGACAACAUCUAUAGCAGUAUACCUUGCCGUAUGAAGCGAUCUUCCGAAAUGAUUUUCCCACAGGUCCUCGACAACGCUGCUCUCGAGGUUGAAUCCACGGAGGAACUGACGACGAAAGACGCCAAGGGAAUUGAUUUUGCUACGUCUACCCUGACCACGAUACCCGGUACUCUUCAGUCUGUAGAUAUAAUGACAUCACGGGUUUCCGAGGACGGUGUACAGAGUGUAUGCACCCAAGUGAUUUCGACUCAAACUACGUCCGAGACCGAGUCAUCCUUCGAAAAGGCGGAGAGCGAAACUUUUGACGCGGCAACAGCCGAAAAAGACACGGAGGAAGUAACGUUGGACGUGCCGACGACGACAGAGUCCGAGCUCUUAGAACAAAAGUACGUUGCGGCAGGUGUAUCCAGCGAAAGUCCUGAAAUGUCCAUGCAGACGUCCACGCCAUCGAUAAUACAGCAGACAAGUAUGUCGACGUCUUCAACAUCGGGCGUGUCCAUCGAUACGGUCGUAGGAAAGGAGAAAUCAGACCGUCAUUCACCGGAUAGCGAUUCUUUCGAGAUGGUUGACAAGCCUGAUAUCAUCGAUGACUUUGUAGUUAUAGAAGAAGUCGGCAAAGAGGCUGAAGAAUACGAUUCCGAAGGUAAAAGUAUACGUAUUAGUUCCAUACCGCAAGCGAGUAGCAAACAGUACGAUCGGGAUCUUGAAAACCUUAUAACCGAAAACAAGCAGGAUUCGCAAGUGUCGACCAGUCAAACAUCGAAAAAUAACGAAUUGUUCGAUUUCGAGUCGGAAGAAAGUCCACCCCAAGUUUCAAACGACGAUCAGUAUUCGCAGUCGUAUUCGGACGAAGAGCAAUACGAAGGAGGGAAGAAAUGGAUAGAAAUGCAAUUUCAUGCUGAUCCUCGAGUCUACGAUAUCGAAUACGAUCGAGGCCCUCUAGAAGAUAUCAAAGAGGAGGAAAUUACCGACUUUGAGGCUGGCAGUAGUAGAUUUGGAAGUUUAGGUAGCCAUAAGGAAUCGAUAGGAAGCGUGGGUAGUAUGCGCGGUAGCUUUGGAAGUACACCCGAUUACGAUGUCUUGACGGGUAAAAGGUAUUUCACCAGACCAUCCGAUCACGAUAACGUAUCAUUGAGCUCGUUGCAAGAAUUCGAACACUUGGAGAGCGCCGUCGCUGCUGAAAAUUCUAAAAGAUUACAAUGCGGUUCGCAUGAUUCCGUUAACAACGGUAGUCUUCCAAGAAGGUACAUGACCAGCCGAUCCGGUCACGGUGACGAUAUCUCACUGUCCUCGUUGAAGGAUUUCGAAGGAUUGGAAAAAGCGUGCAGGGAAGCGCACUUGAUCGAAUUGCGCGCCAGAGAGGAAGAGGACUUGCUGGAGCACGAAAGUCCCGAGAACAAGUACAAAUUGGAAAGUCUACCGCGAACGAGGAUCGAUACAAGUACGGCUGGCUCGUUCAACGCAAGCACGUCGGGGUCGGAUGAUUACGAGAAGAGAAUAAAAGAGAUCGACGAGAUCAUACGAAUAGCUCAGUCGAACGUGGAAAAAUUUGAUCGGCAGGAUGAUACGACGGAGGACAUUUCGCAGAUCGAAAUUACGGACGUUGAGAAAAUCGGAACUCAAGCUGGUGUGCAAUCUAUCUCGAAGCCAGAGGAACCGGAAACUGUGCUACCUCUGCAAAGGGAGAGCAACGUUAUGGAAACUAGUACGGAUUCUCUCGAGCUGGAAGAUAAUAUGGAUAAAAAGCAUCACCCGUUAUGUCGAAGCUCCGAUUCGUUAGAAAUGAAAACCACGCUAGACUUUCCUUCGUUAAGUUCCGACUCGUUGAAUAACGUACGAGAUGCAAAGGAAAUGCAGUCGGAUGUGGCCGAACAUGCAAGCAGCGUUAGGCGUAUUUCUUCGGAUUCUCUAGAUAUGCCUCUGUUGGAACCACAAGAUGCUGAAAGUCGUGAGAGGCCAAGCAACGAAGAUGAUCAUUCGGACGGCGUCACGUCGGACAAUUCUCUGGAGCAAAGGUCAGAAACGGCGGACACCGAUAAAAGUGAUAAAAUGAGGACAACACCAAGCACUAAUACAUAGGAAUAUUUUCGUAGAUAGUGGACCAUCAAAGUGAAUUUGUUACAACAUUGGUUCUUAAGGCUACAACGAUGUAUUAUCGAGCCAGUUCAAAUGCUUUACGUAUACAGCAUAAUAUGAAAAAUGAUGUACUAAAGAAAUACUUGCGCGCUGUGCAUAUGCAAGAUAUUAAUGCAUUUACCUUUAUUUUAUGCCAUGUUUUAUAAGAAUACGUAACUUGUUUUACGAUGCUUAAGUCGAAUAGUUAUGAUCUUUAAAAUAUAGGAUUGUUAUCAAAAUGAGAUAGGAAUACGAAUGACGCUUACUUAUUUCAUAUUAAAUCCGUACUAGAAUGUAAUUGCUUUCGAUUUACUUGUUUAAAUAAUUACGAAUAUCUUGCUUCGUUGUUCACGUUUGUUUGUAGUAAUUAAGUUUAUAUUGCAAAAUUGUACUUUUAAAUGUUAUUCAUAUUGUCCUACUUGUAUGAUAAUACUAUUUACAUAAAAUGUCAUGUUUUGUAAAUUUUCGAUUAUAACGUGUCUUUGUGACUACGCUUUCUUAAGGUGUUGACAGUUAUGAACACUUUAUAUUGCAUACUGAUUUUCAGAAACAUUUACGAGCUCUAAUACUCGUUAAUCUUAAUUGCAAGUGUUCACGAAAGAACAAAUAUAUUAAUUAAAUAGAAAAUUUUAUAUACGAACCGUAAUAUUUAAGGUUUUAGGAGAAAACUAUCAAGAGAAUGCAUUCUCUACGUAAUAUAUGAUGCAUAUGUGCAAAUGUUGUAGACAUUUUUUGUAUGCGAAAUUUUAAACAAUUACGAAAUUUUGCUUUCAUCUAUUUGCUGACGAUAAAUUUCAUGUAUUUUAUCGGUCAUGCGAAUUUUAUGUUACGACAAAAUUUUAACAAUGUCUUUCAUUUCUCUUCAUAAUCUGUUUCUUUCUUCAUCGAUGAAAAUAUAAAUCUAUAUGAACCAAAUAAUAUCAUCAUUUAUUGAAACCCCAAUGUUCAUCGCAAUUGAUAGUUGCUUGGAUAACAUACUUGAUAGAACUUCAAUUAUAAUAGAGCAAUAACUUUGUCUAUACGUAAGGUAAUUAAUAGACACAAAAUCAUACGCGCAAAUAACAAAAUAUUGUAAAAUAAAAUGAAGAAAACAAUGAAGAAAUACAAAAUACAUUCAACAUUCA